UGCCUACCUGAGUUGAACUCUUCGGAUCCUCCCUCUCUCCCUCCCUCUUGUUGGGGUUACACCCCUACAUCCCAGCAGCACCCAUUCAUGCUGGGACAAUUCACAUCAGUUCACGGGUUGACGGGAGGCAGAGGAGGGCGAGAGAGCAGGAGAGAAGAGGCAAACCAGUGAUUCUACCGAGAGUUUGUUUUGAUGUGAUGUGGAUGUUGCGACGGAUAACUUGAACGGUGAGUCCUCUGAUCUUGAACGGCUCUGGAAGAGAAGAACAAUAAACAGUUCAGGGAGAAGCACUGUUUGUGAAACUUAAGUCAAAUCAAGUCCAACAAGGAACCGUGGUGAAUAAAGUUUCCAGACGACACAAACCUGUGUUGCUCAAUAUGUCUCUUCAGCAUGUGACAAAAAUGCAGGUUUGAAGGCGUGAACAGGUUCGGGCUUCUUUUUCAUACCCGGCGGAAACAUCAUUGAGGCCUCCUUCUCCCUGCUUCAGGCUGCGUGUAUCAGGUGUCUGAACAGGACCGACACUGUGAAUGAGGAGGGGAAGUAAUGUCUCAAGACGAAAGCUGGUGGAGAGUUUGCAGCAGGGGCUUGUAUAGCUGCCACUGGAAGCAAUCGAGUGAAAGUAAGAGAAAACAUGCAUGCUGCUGGUUCACAGUCCUUGCUGUGGUCUCCCUGCUCUCCCUGUCCUGGUUGUACAUUUGUCUGGUUACUCUAAAUGACCAAGAUGAUGUGAACUGGCAGGGCUUUUCAAAACUGAAGCGGUGGGUGAACUUCAUGGUGCUGAUCAUCAUCUCUGCAGCGAUCACCUGCUACUGCGUCUUGUUGCUGCUCUUUGCACUAUUCCAAGUUGUCUUAGGAGAACCGCUCGACUUACACUGGCUACACAAGGUCCUGUUGUUUUUGGGAGCGAUAUUCAUCGCCUUUGGGGUCACGGGAGUCAGUCUUGAGUGGCGACAAGAAUGGCCGACUGUUCCCCUUUCCCUCCAGGCCACAGCUCCUUUCCUGCAGUUUGGUGCAGUUGGGGCGUUAACCCUGCUGGGCCCAUUCGUCUUCAGGGGCUUCCACGCAGCCAAGGAAAUCUGGUCUAAGUUCCUCAUAACUGUGGUGUUUGUAGCUGUGUCAGCCGCCAUCUUCCUGUGUCCCCUGUACAUCCAGUCUCCCUGUCUGAUAGAGCGUCAUGAGUUACCUGAGAAGCCAAAGCUUAUUGGGCACAGAGGAGCACCGAUGCUGGCCCCAGAGAACACCAUGAUGUCGUUCAACAGGAGCAUCGGGUGCGGCGUCACAGCCUUCGAGACAGACGUACAGCUCAGUGAAGACAGAGUUCCCUUCUUGAUGCAUGACCACAAGGCAGAGUUCCUGCGAAGAACAACAAACGUUAAAGAUAAGCUUCCUGAUAAACAGUUCAGCCCCAGCAGCAACAUGACCUGGGAGGAAUUACAGAGUCUGAAUGCAGGCGAAUGGUUCAUAAAGACGGAUCCUUUCGGUUCAGUGUCAUGGCUGUCAGCAGAGGAGAAGGGAAAAGCACGAAGACAGACUAUACCUUCCUUACUUCAGCUGCUAAACCUCGCAAAGCAGCACAACACCUCAGUGAUAUUUGAUUUAUAUAGUCCAGAUGGAAAUGACACAGAGGAGACAGUCAGCACCAUAUUGAGUUCUGGCAUUGAUCAAAGACUGAUCCUCUGGCUUCACCCUGACAAAAGAGAAUAUGUAACUAAGACCGCCCCGGGCUUCAUCCAGGUCUAUAAAAACACAAGAGACAUGCUGAACGAAACGGGAAACCACUUAAAUGUGAAAUACAGCAAGCUGAGUAUGAAACAAAUCAGAAACAAAAAGAGCAUGAACAUCUCAGUGAACCUGUGGGUGGUGAAUGAACGUUGGCUCUUCUCCCUGCUGUGGUGUGCAGGGGCCAGCUCUGUUACCACCAACUCCUGCCACCUCCUAAAAACCAUGACUGAGCCAGACUGGAUUAUGGCACCGGACACUUACAAAAUGAUCUGGAUCACUGUGGACGUUGCAUCUCUUGUGAUAAUGAUUGGACUCUUCAUUUUUCAGAGAGAACCAAAUACAGAGUACAUUAGCGUGGAAUGAGAAAGAACUGUCUCCCUUCUUACCCACCGUGUAGAUCGUCUGACUCAGCCCGGAGAUGUUUCUUUUCUUAAACUGACAUGCAUCCUCGUCUACACUGGCUGAAUUCUUUGGACCUAGAUAAAGAAGAAAGCAAGUUAAUGUGAAUGUCAAUACACUGUACUCUGAAGCCAUACAAAUAAAAAUGUGUUGUUUUUUUCAAAGUGUAAAGGAUGUGAAUCAAAUAUCAGCACUGAGCCACAAGAGGGCAGUUUAGUGUCAUUUCUGUGUAAGUAUGGUGAGUUAGCUUGGUUCAGUUUUCAUAGAGCUCUUGAUUGUUCUUCCAUUGAUACUGAAAUUAUAAAGCUGUUCUCUGACUGUAUCACUGCGUUGAGCACUGUACAUAUGCACUGCAUAGCCUCUUUGUACUUUAAGUCAUUUUAUAUUUCUGUUGUUUUUGUUUUGAUUUGUCACCGAAAUUAUCAUUUUGUCCCAUGAAAGACGUGGAUGUAUUGUAACCUGAGCCAAAUGAUCAAUACAACUUUUUCUACACCUCUC